AUGACAGCUCAAAGGCUGGAAGCGGUAGGGGUAAAGAAUGCAAACAACGGAAAUGAGUGGGAUGAUGGAUUUGACCAUGAUGAUGUGACAAAGAUAUAUGUGGAAGGUGGUCUUCGAGGGAUACAGUGCAUCAAGUUUGAUUAUGUCAAGACUGAAAAACCGACAAGAUCAUCUCAUGGUUGCUCGAGGCAAGGUUUCACGCAGAUGUUGGAGAUUGACCAUCUACAAAAUGAACAUCUUGAAUCUGUUGAGGGUUACAACUCUUCCUAUGGUGUUCAAGCACUUCAGUUCAGAACCAACUUGAGGGUCUCUGAGAUGAUGGGAUAUGAAGAUGGUGAAAAGUUUAAACUAGCAGUCGAUGGGAAAAAAAUCAUUGGGUUCCACGGAUCUGCUAGGAUGAACGUAGACGCUCUUGGAGCAUAUUUCACAGAAAUUCUUCCUACGAGAAUGGAGCCGAAAGGGGGCAAAGGAGGCGAUGAGUGGAAUGAUGGAGCUGAGUCAGCUGACCAUGAGGGUGUAACAAAGGUUCAUGUACGAUGUGGUUAUGAAGGCGUACAAAAUAUCAGAUUCGAUUAUGUUAACAAGGAUGGACAUACGCAUGAAGGGAACCGCCAUGGUUCUGCCCCGGAUCCAGGUUUCGACCUAGAGCCGUUUGAGAUUAACCAUCUCGGCAAGGAAUAUCUUUUAUCUGUGGAUGGUUACUACGACGAGACUUCCGGUUUGAUUCAAACACUUCAAUUCAAAACAAACUUGAAGAUUUCAAAAAUGAUGGGAAACGGGAAUCGAGGUACUAAGUUUUCGCUCGGUUGCAACGGUUUGAGGAUCAUAUGGUUUCAUGGAUAUGCUAAGGAGCAACUAAAUUCGCUCGGAGCUUAUUUAACAACGCUUCCACUUACAAAACUGGAGCAUAUAGGUAACCCUAAUAGUGGUGGACAUUGGGAUGAUGGUACUUUCCAAGGAGUAAGGAAGGUGUCCGUUCAUUAUGAUGACUAUAUAAAGUCUAUUAGCUUCGAGUACGAGAACGAAGGCAAAGUAGAAACCCGUGAUCACGGGUUGAAGGCUGAACCCAUUGGAAAAGACGCAGAGUUUGUAGUGGACUAUCCAAAUGAGUAUGUCACGUCUAUAGAGGGGAAAUUCUCAGAGAACAGUGGUUACACGUUUAUUAAAUCGUUGACUAUCAAAACAUCAAAAGAGAGGACCUCUCCGACAUUGGGAAAUGCGGUUGGGGACAAUCUUGUUGAUUUCGUGCUGGAGAGCAAAGGUUGUGCUCUUGUUGGGUUCUAUGGAUGGUGUAAUUAUGGUAGUCGUGUAUAUUCUCUUGGUGCGUAUUCUUAUCCGAUGCCUUUUGUUCAAGAUCCGGCAAAACUAAAAGCACAAGACGAUGAUGAAGGAGCUUCCUCGGACAAUGGUGGUUGA